UUGAAUCUGAUGGGCAAUGGAGAAUUGUUGCACUACCCUUGCAAUAUUUUGAUCACACUAACCAUUUCGGAUCUAGAAAUCAGGAGAAUAUGAAUGACCUGCAUCUGAUCUCCUCUGCUUCUAUCAAUUCAUUUAUGGUUGAUGGACGGAAGAUGCAGAAAGGGCCUCGACCUGCGAUUACUUAUCCUGCCAAGUCAUUUAGAAGCAGAAGUUUCUCUGGAUCCAAUGUCCAAUAUCGAUUUCACAACAAGGCCUUUGCUAAUAAAGGAACUAAAUUUAAUGAAGUGUCAAACAAUUCUUCCUAUAAUAGUUUCAUCACUUGCUAUGAUUCCUCUGCAGUUAUAUCAAAAGAAUUUAAUGCUACUAAUCCAUCAGCCAUGUUCAUCAACUCUUCCGAGGAAGACAAGUCUAAAAAGAGAAAUUCACAGAAGAGGGCAAAAAGAAGGGAAAACAUAAAAAGAAACAGUCGUGUGAUGUUGGCUUCACAGAAUCAGAAGUUUACUCUCAGUAUACCCAUGGAAGUUCAGCAUCUGAAAUCUGAGUUGAUUUUGCAGACAGCAGCAGUGUCGCUGUUACAAGUUCUGGUUCACCAAAUAUAAGCACAUCUGACAUUGAUGAAGUGGAUAUAUCAGAAUUUGUUGUACCCUCUGAAGUUCAGAAGUUCCCGAGGGAGCAUCAUAUAAAUAAGUCUGAAAUGGGCUGUGAGGACUACCAACUUCCAGGUGUCAAGGAGAUAAGGAGGGGAAACAUCUUUCUCAUAUGGGCUCUCUUGAAGAUUUACAACCGAAAGAUUUCUCUGAUGUGCAUGAUUCUCUGGACUCUGUUUCUGUUGGUUCGAACUAUGAAGACAGUACAAAUGCUGUUAUUCUAAAGCCAUUUAACAAGAACAUCCUCGACCAGUUUCUGGUACCAAGAAGGGGUCCUCCUAUCAACAAAACACAUUAUUUAGCACUGUACAAACCCAUGAUU